AUGACUGCCGUCGUGACCACAGCCCCAUUGGGCGUCGACCUUCUGGCCCAGAGCAUCAAGGAGAACACAGCCAUAAACAUUGCUGAAGUCGACAUCAACAACACGGACAGAUUCCUCGUCCACUCUCCCUACACAGAACCAGAGCACUUGCUAGACCUCGAGACCCUGGAUGAUGAGAACGCCCUCCUCGCCAGGGCGUUGUCUCAGAUGGAGUGCCUCCGCGCGGACUACGCCACGGCCGGCUACGUUGAAUCCUUCAAUUGGGACCAAGUUCUCGACGAGCUCAGGCGCCUCGUUCAAUCCACUGGGAAAACAUUCAAGGAAACUUCCUUUUACAUUGUGGCAUUCCGCUCAACGAUCCCGCCAUCGACCAUCUAUGAAGAUCUCGGCGUUUUGGACAAGGCCGCGCACGCCGAGGCCAACCAAUUCGGGGGCUUCUUGAAAUAUUGGUUCGGAAGUCCCGACUCAGAAGGAAGAAACUUGGCAACGUGCGUCUGGAGGUCGAGACCAGAUGCCGUCAAAGCCGGCCACGGUCAAGCUCAUCGCCGGGCAAGUCGUGCAACAGCGUCCAUGUACUCAUUCUGGAAGAUUGAUCGUCACCGCCUAAUCGUUCGUGACGGAGCCGAAAGCUGGGAGAUUGUCGAUUGGGUUGACUGA